GGCAGCACGGAGGGGAAGUGGGGAAGGUGAGGGAGACAUAAGGACUGGGCCAGGGCCCUGGAGCAGCAGAACAGCGCCCAGCUCCCGACCACUCUGCCACUCUGCCACCCCCUGCCUGGCCCUGGGGCUCCAGCCUCCACUCCUGGUCCUCCCAUUCUCUCUCCAGGCUUGGGGGCUCCUCUUUCCUCUAGACCCCUCUGCCCACAACCCUCGGCUUUUUAGUGCCCUGGCCCCUGCUGACCUCCCAUGGGAGGGCUCAGCCUGGCCCAGGCCACAGGGGAGAUGAGGCUCCUGGGCUUGGUACUUCUGCAACUGCUGUGGGUGGCUCCAGUGGAGGCUCCAGGGCCCAGGAAAGAUGUCCCAGUGGUGUGGGCUCAGGAGGGGACUCCUGUCCAGCUCCCCUGCACUCCCACAUUCCCUCUUCACGAUGAUCCCAGCCUUCUGAGAAGAGGAGGGGUCACCUGGCAGCAUCAGCCUGACAGGGACCCAGCAGCCCCCGCCUCCGCCCCCGCUCGGCCCUGGAACCUCGACCCUCGCCCGGGAGGAGAAGGCCCGUGGCCUCCAGCUGGAGUGGUAGCCAUGCUGGCGUUGAUGCAGACUUCCUGUCCCUGCCCAGUGGUGGCCAGCCCUGUGGGACCUCUCAGGACCUCCGACUGGGUCAUCUUGAACUGCUCCUUCAGCCGUCCAGACCGCCCAGCCUCUGUCCACUGGUUCCGGGGUGCAGGCCGCGUCCCAGUCCAGGAGUCGCUGCAUCACCACUUAGCAGAAGGCUUCCUCUUCCUGCCCCAAGUUAGCCCCGCGGACUCUGGGAUCUGGGGCUGCACCCUCACCUACAGAGACGGCUUCGAAGUCCAGAUCACACACAAUCUCACAGUUCGGGGUCUGGAGCCCCCAGCACCCCUGAUGGUAUAUGCUGGAGCAGGCUCCAAGGUGGAGUUACCGUGCCACCUGCCUCCUGCUGUGGCAACCCAGUCCUCCCUGGUUGCCAAGUGGGCCCCUCCUGGCGGAGGCGCUGACAUCCUGGUGGCUGGAGACAAUGGCAACUUCACUCUUCGGCUGGAGGCUGUGAGCCUGGCCCAGGCUGGGACCUACAUCUGCCGCAUCCAUCUGCAGGGGCAGCAGCUCUGUGCCACAGUCACCUUGGCAGUCAUCACAGUGACCCCCAAAUCCUCUGGGUCUCCUGGCUCCUCGGGGAAGCUAAUGUGUGAGGUAACCCCAGCAUCGGGACAAGAGCGCUUUGUGUGGAGGCCCCUGGACAGGUGGUCCACAAGGAGUUCCCCAGGACCCUGGCUGGAGAUGCCAGAGGCCCAGCUCCUUUCCCAGCCCUGGCAGUGCCAGCUGCACCAGGAGGAGAGGCUUCUUGGAACAGCGGUAUACGUCCCAGAGUCUAGCCCAGGUGCCCAGCGCUCUAGGAGAGCCCCGGGUACCUUUCAUGUGGGCCUGCUCCCUCUCUUUCUCACCCUGGCUACCCUCUCAAUGCUCCUUUUGGUGACUGGCGCAAUUGGCUUUCACCUUUGGAAAAGACAGAGGAGACUGAGAAGAUUUUCUGCCUUAGAGCUUGGGAUUCGCCCUUCUCAGGCUCAGAGCAAGGUAGAGGAGCUUGAGCAGGAUCCAGAGCCAGAGCCGGAACCAGAGCCAGAGCCUGUGCUGGAGCCACAGCCGCAGCUGGAGCCCGGGAAGCUCUGACCUGGAGCGAAGGCAGCAGCAGAUGCUAGCAGCUCACUCCAAAUAAACCCGUCAGCAGCAA